AUGAUUCCAGCAGAUCGGCGCAUAGAAAUAAUCGAUCUGCAAGACUGUUCUUACACGAUCCCCCUGAAUCCCAAAGACUCAGACAAAUUUGCUUUUUCCAUACCAAGCGUAAAUGCAGCCAAAUCACCCCAACAGUGUCAGUGGCCAGUACUGCUGCAGGGCAUGAAGAAGAGUCCAACCCUGUGUCAGUGGUUCGUGGCAAAGACAUUGAGCCCUGUGCAGAUACAGCACAAGGUAGCGAUUAUUUAUCACUACAUGGAUGACAUUCUGAUCGCCUGCAGCACAGCUACGGAGCUAGAGACUGUUAUGAAAACACUGAUAAAGGAGGUGACUCGAGCGGGCCUAGUGAUUGCUCCUGAACAGGUUCGAGUUGCAGCACCAUGGCAAUAUCUGGGGUGGACAAUUACCAGUCAAGCAGUCUGA